CUUGUCAGCCUGCGUAUUCCAGCCUCCUCCUGUUAUUAGUUGAGUAUCUCCCAUCUCUCGCCUCCAUUCGCAACUUUUGCCCUGAAAUUGUGAGCUGCAAACCAAUUACAUCUUCAUAACAAGUGAACCUAGAGCAAAGACCAUACUUUCUUUCUAGAUGAGGUUUUCUCUCAUCUGUCUCUUUAAUCAAACAAACUCUUUGCUGCAAACCAAUUCUUCCUCUUCUUCAUCUACUUCUUCUUCUUCGCAGCUACUGCUUUAGAGAUUAGAGCCCAUCAGGCCAUCUUCUCUUCAUAGCUACAGUCUUGAUGUUUCUCCGGAUCCACCACGUGGAGAUGGAUUCGUGUUAUACGCAUUUGUUUUAAAUCCACAAUAUCACUGAACCAGGGACGAUCAUAAUUCCUACACUGAGAUCUCGGCUGGCUGAUUUGUUGGAGAAGCUGCAGAUGGAAGAUUAGAAGAUAUGGACUUUGCUGGCCGAGCUUAAACUUGUGAUCUGCCUUUAAUCUUAAUUGCAAAGGUGUUUCCUUUUAGCGGCGGCCAAAAUUGGUUCUUUCACUGUUUGAAUGUUAAUUGUUUAUUUUGACGGCCCGAGCCAUCAGUCAAAGUUGUCUCUGCUAGUUGUUAUCCGCAGUGUAGAGUUGAGAAUCUCUCAACUCCAUUUUUACAACUUUCCCUGAAUUUGUGAGCUCGAUUGAUCAUGGAGUCUUUGAUUGUAUCCCCGCUGCUGCAGCUGCUCUUUAGAAGGUUGACUGACACUGUUGUUGUUGGUCAAGUGCGAACUCGCAGAGAGUUCAGGACGGAGAUCGAGAAGAUGCAGGAGACGUUACCGAUGAUUAAGGCGGUGAUAGAAGAUGCAGAGGAGCAGCAGAGGAAAAAUCAGAGGGUGAAGGCUUGGCUGGUAAAGCUCAAAGACGUCGCAGUCGAUGCUGAUAAUCUGCUUGAUGAGGUUGCCACCCUAGUUCUGCGCAAGCAUUUGAUGAAAGAGGAAUUUUGCCGUUUAUAUGCUUCCGACCGAUAUCGCUCUCGACAUCCAUCUUCGUGCUCCAGAAUACUGUAUGAUUGCCAACAUCGUGAAUUUCUUUCUUCACGUACGAAUCUGAACAGCAAGGACAGGAUUGGCAUGAUGGUGAGAAAGAUUGGAAAGCGGACAAGAUAUGAGGUAAGGAAAACUUGCUUAACUCUUGAAUUGAUUUCUACUUACCGUAAGAAGUCACGCAAACUAAAGGAGCUUCGUGCAAGAUUGGAUGAUGUAGCCAAGGAGAUGUCUAGUUUCCACUUCAAAGAAACUCAGUCUUAUGGACGGUCAAGUACAAUGGAGAGACGCCAAACUGGACCCUCUGUCAAUGAUUCAAAGGUUUAUGGCAGAGAAGAGGAUGUGGAUAAAAUUGUGGGGAUGCUAUUGUCUUCCAGUAGUGGUCCUGAAGUUGCAGUAAUUCCCAUUGUUGGACUUGCAGGGAUGGGGAAAACAACACUUGCUCAGUUAGUCUACAAUGAUCUGAGGGUUACAAGCCACUUUCAAUCUUCAAUAUGGGUGUCUGUCAAUGAUAAUUUUAACCCGGCAAGGAUCAUAAAUCAAAUGUUGAGUUAUGUCGGAAAGGGCUGCCAUGACUCGUUUCAGAUUGGGGUACUGCAAUCUCAAUUGAGAGAAUCGUUACUGGGAAAAAGGUACUUGAUAGUGCUCGAUGAUGUGUGGAAUGAGGAUCCAGAUGAAUGGGAUAAAGUAAUGAAUCCAUUGAAAGGCUCCCCAGGUGGAAGUAAAAUUAUACUAACCACCCGGAAUAAGCCAGUUGCAGCCAUAACUAGCACAUUUCCCCCAUUUCAUUUGGAACCACUGAGAAAAGAAGAGUGCUGGAAGUUGUUCAAGCACCGAGCCUUUGCAGAUGGAACAGAGGGUGAUUUUCCGAGACUACUGCAGAUUGGUGAGAAAAUAGUAGACAAGUGCAAAGGUGUCCCGUUGGUUGCAAAUAUUCUUGGAAUCAUGCUGCGCUUUAAAAGAGAAGAAAGCGAGUGGUUACAUGUGCAAAGGAGUGAACUAUGGAGUAUUGAUGCAGGUGAGAACAGAAUUCUAUCCAUCUUCAGGCUGAGUUACAAUCAUUUGCCAUCGCAUCUGAAAGCUUGCUUUGCAUAUUGUUCAAUAUUCCCAAAGAAUUAUGAGAUUAAUAAGGAAAUGUUGAUCCAUCAAUGGCUCGCACAUGGCUUAAUUCCUCAUAUUGUGGAGUCUUCAAUUAGGCCAGAGGACACUGGCAAUGAGUAUUUUAACAAUUUGUUGAUGAUGUUCUUCUUCCAAGAAAUAAAAAAAUAUGAUGGCAGAGGUAUGACAGAAUUUAAAAUGCAUGAUCAUAUUAAUGAUCUUGCAAAAUCUGUUGCUGGAGAGGAAUCCUUGACUCUAGAACAGGAAAAUGUGCACUGUAGUCUCUCAAAGACAUGUCAUAUAUCAGUUGUUUGCAGUUCUAGCUCUGCUUUGAUCCCUGAAGCCUUGUGUAAAGCAAAGAGAUUGCGAACCCUUAAUUUCCUUUCACCAAGAGAGGAUUAUGUGGAAGCCAUUCCAACCAUACAAGCAACUUUUAAACACCUCAGAAUGCUGAAUUUCAGUGGAUUUGGAAUUAAGAGGCUUCACCCAGAGAUUGGUGGGCUACUAUCCUUGCGGUAUCUUGAUCUUUCAAAUACUCUCCUAGAGACAUUGCCAGCGACUAUCUGUGAUCUAUGCAAUUUGCAGACAUUAAAUCUCUCAAGUUGUAGUGAGCUCAGGGAGUUACCGAGUGGUACUACCAAGUUAAUAAAUCUGAGACAUCUUAACAUAGAUGAUUGUCCAAGACUUGCUAGCAUGCCCCCAUCAAUGAGUAUGCUACGACAACUUCAAACUUUGCCGGUAUAUAUCAUCGGCCGCAACCCUGAAACUUCUAUUGCUCAGCUUGUAUCAAUGACAAAUCUACGAGGGAAGUUAAAACUCAAAUGUCUGGAGGAGGCUAAAAGUCCACGUGACGUUGUCAUGAUAACAGAAUGGAUGAAAACGAAAGAAUUCUAUUCAUUGGAACUGUUGUGGCAAAAUGAUGAUGAGUGCAAGCUAGAUCAUAACAGAUCUAGGCAAGCUCGCAGGCAAAUUGAUGAUAAAAUUGAUUUUAUUCUGGUAGAUUCUUUAACUUUAUCUCCCUUUGUAAGGAUGUUGUCAAUAAAUGGUUAUUCAGGAACCAAGUUCCCAGAUGAGAUGAGUUGCUCUCAGAACUUGACCGAGCUAAACAUAAUAAAUUGCAGAAGAUGUGAAAGUCUUCCUCCGCUCGGUCAACUCCCUGUCCUCAAGAUCCUCAACAUCCAAGGAAUGCAUAAUGUAGUCUGCAUUGGUGAUGAAUUUCUAGGUCGAAGUGACAGACCAUUUGCUUCUCUUACAGAGCUAUCCCUUAUAGAUUUUCCUGAGUUGACUACUUGGGAUAACAUGAAUUCUACAGAAGCAUUUACAGGCCUUGGCAAAGUAUCCAUAAGAAAUUGUCCAUCGUUAAAAGCCAUGCCAUGGCUUCCAUUCGUUCAAUACUUGGAGCUGAAGAAAUGCCACAAAUUGGUAAUGAGGUCAGCAUCAGAGCUGAAGUCACUGUUGACUCUUGUUAUUGACUUCUUUCAAGAGUUGAGCUUUGUACCAUAUAAGUUGCUGCAAAACAAUUCGCGUUUGAUGUCGUUGACGGUUACGUCUUGUCCAGUGCUUCGUUAUAUCCCUGAAGAUCUGGAGUACCUCACUGCUCUCAAAUCACUGAAAAUUGGGUGGUGCAAUGAUCUAGAUACUUUGCCAGGAGGAUUAAAAAACCUCACUUCAUUGGAGAACUUGGAAAUCAUCGAGUGUCCUAACUUAAUCUGUUUGCCGGAGGAAGGCUUUGGUGGCUUGUACUCACUUCGUUCAUUCUCAAUUGAGAAUUGUCCCCGCUUAACUUGUUUGCCUAUGGGGAUGAAACACCUCACAGCUCUUGAAAGCCUCACUAUUAUGGGUUUGAAUCUAGUUCAUCUGCCAGAUUCCUUUGAAAACCUCUCAGAACUUAGAAGCCUGACCCUUUUUGGCUGUCCAGAGCUUACAUCACUGCCAGAGGGACUGCAAUACAGCAACAACUUACAAGUCCUGGAAAUUGGUAGCUGCUCAAAACUCAUGGAAUUUCCAGAGUGGGUGGAGCAUAUUGUUUCACUCCGGUCUUUGGCAAUUUCUGAUUGUCCAGAGAUAAAAUUGUUGCCAAAAGGUCUACAAUGUCUCAGAGCUCUCCAACACCUGUCCAUCAGAGACUGUCCUAACCUUGAGAAGCGUUGUGAGAGGGGAACUGGUGAGGACUGGCACAAGAUAUCUCAUAUCCCACAUGUCCAUGUUGGAUCAUCAGCAUUGCAGCAGAGGCAAGACAGUGCAUCCACAUCCCAAAAUCCUUAGGUGACGUCCCCUAGAGAGCACGAAGCCUAGCUAUAUCAAGAAAACAAAAUCUUGGUUUCUUGAUAUCGUAGGAAACCAAUUCAGAGGAGGAGCCAAUUCAGAUAAAUAUUGGACUGGUUUUGCAUGUUCUGGUUUUUCCAGGUGGUUCCACAGUGAAAUUUUUAUGCUUGCAUUGCUAUGACUUCUGCAGCUCUGCUUGUCAUCUGCUCAAGCUGUCUUGCAUCUUUAGAUUCCUUUGUUUGGUUUAUAUUUUUCAGCUGAUUUGGCUGUUGCUCUGGCUUUGUGUUAGUCAGUAUACGUUUUGUUACAUUAAGCACUUUAUGGUUUUCGGUUGCUUGUUUAGUUGUUUUUGUGUUGGAAGGCCUGCCUCCUUGUAGCUCCUGUUUGAUUCAAUAAAUCUAAUUUACCAAAA